AUGCCCACGCUGCCAGUCUGUGUCACGGCAGACAAGGCAGAGGGAAGCACGCACUUUAGAAUCUCGAGAGAGCCUGCCGUGGUUCGACGUCUAGGCAGGUACGAGAAGCAGCUGGCAAACCGGAGGACGCAGACCAGUCUGCACAUCACCCAGGCAGGCACUCAGGGAACCAGGGAUAUGGCUUCUGGCAUCAUAUUUGCUCUUCCCUUUCUUCCGACUCGCGCGAUCUCCGGUUCUUCCCUGGUCGAGCGGCUGGGAAGAGGACGGGACGUCAAGUGA